CUUAAAGCGGCACGACUCGGUCCGUGCAUCUUCGUGGUGAAAACUCUGUAACGUUUACAGAAAAGGCGCCAUUCUCCGUCGUGUUUUCCAGAUUAACAGCUUGUUCCGACAGUUGUUAACCAUACGAGUUGGUCGACGUACGAGUUGGUCGACGUAUGAGUUGGUAGGUGUACAAGUUGGCAUGCAUUUAAGUUGGUGCGUAUGAGUUGGCAUGCCUAUGAGUUGACCAGCAGUCAGGUAGCCUAGGCCUACUCAUUUGCACACAACAGGGUCCAGGUAUGGAACUCAUUUGCACCAGUUCAGUUCAGAGUGAAACAAGUCUUUGAUUGACACAGGCAACCAUGGCCGAUGAGGAGCUCCAGAGACACAGGGCUCCCGAGCCUGUUAACAUCACAGUACUACGUGCUAGACACCUUAGAGGUAGCAAAGGGGAUGGCCUGAGCUCCUUGGUCAAGGUGGAAUACGGCAGCAACACCCUGGGUGAGUCGGCCAAAGUAGACUCCACCAGUGAGAUCGCCGCCGAGUACAACUUCAACGCUAAGUUUGACUGCGGCUUUGACGACCCCAUAGUCCUGGAUGAGAUUGCAUUCAAGCCAGUUCUAGUGACGGUUGUGGAAGUCCUCCCUAAAGAAAAGAAGCAGAAGGAGGAGAAGACAGUCCUGCUAGGGCAAUGUACCGUGGACCUACUCCCCUUGGUCCAUGGAGAGACCAAAUAUAAGAGCACCCUUAUAAUCCAUCCAUUGCCGGGGUCUCCACUGGAAAGUAUCCCUGCUGAUAGCCCCAAGCCUGAGAUAGAUAUUGUAGUGUCCGUCACCGAAGCCUUGUUGUCCGAGGACCAACUGAAGGAGAGUAACUUACUGACAAUAACCGUGGAAGCAGCGUACUCUGUACCAGAGACUUGGAACCCAACUGGCACUCAGUAUAUGUAUAACAUCACAUUGCCUGUACCCCUGACCAAUGAGAGAGAAUCAACAGUGGUGUUAUCGAAUGGCAUUUUGAAAGCUGCAAAUGACAAGGAGCCUCCGUCCAAGCAGAAGAAGUGGCCUGCCCCAGCUGGGGCUCAAGGUGGCGCCAUCUUCAUACCAGACAAAUUUGUUCAAGCUGUGAGCUACGACGAAGAAGAUGGAGAACUGGCUUGCAAAGAGGACCGUGAGUUUCGGGUUGAAGCCGAGACAGAGAAGAACCGCGUCAUUUGGAAUUGUGAGCGCCGUUGUUACAUGGAACCGUCCGCCGUUCAGAGUUUGCAGACAAAGAUCGCUCACACCCGACUGUGGCCAGUUGAGCUGAUGAGAAUGCCUAUGCCAACAGCAGCUAAAGCCAAAGGAAAGGAAGAGGAGAAUCCUAUCUUUUUCCAUGGUGUUGCUUAUGUCAACCUGGCACCAUUGCUUUAUCCAGGAGUGAACAAGAUUCGAGGUGCCUUCAGGGUACAUGCUUAUUGUGAGACAGAAAUGAUGGAGAAGACCAAGAGGAAGGGUGGACUUGCGGAUGAGGCGGCGCGGAUGGCAACCUCCAUGUACAGGAACGCAUCACCGUCCAUCAAGACUUCCAAGGCAGGCAAGGAGGAGAAAGGAGGCAAAGAGAAGGAAAAAGAGAAAGAUACCAGUAAGAAGCCUUCUCAGAUGUUGAAGCCAGGCCAACAAGCCCCCGAUGCCAUGUCCGAGGUAGAAGCCCCUCCCCAGCAGAACCUGGAAGGUAUGCAGUACGACGAGGCUAGGACUUACGUCAUCCUGGAGUUCACCUUGCAACGAUCUAUGGUUCCCAAGAGGGCGCCAGAGGAACUGGCCAAAAGAGUGGCUGAGUACAUUCCACCCAGGCCUCUCUUCCCGCGGAGGACCAACGGUGCUCAGCGAGCCGUCGAAGACUUCCACAAGCAGGUGGCAAGCAUUGGCACUAUGGUCCUCGAAGAAUUCCGAGGUAUGUUCGCGGGCAAGCUGGAAAAUGGAGAGCUGCCAUCCUCCAGAGAUGAACAAGAAGACAGGAGGCGGAAACUGUUGUAUGAGCUCAACUCAUCAGGGAAGUACUUUGCCUACAAGGAGCAGCUCAAGCACUCUGUGGUGAAGAUAGUUCGUGAGAAAUACCUGAAAACCAGUGCCUUUGACAACAAAGAGGAACUCCAGGCCUUUCUGAGUGACCUGUACAUCUUCCUGGUAGACCAGAUGCAUUGUGGGCUAGGCAAGGUCCUAUCCCUUGAAGACGAGACACCAGUGCCUGCCCCACUCACAGACUGUGCCCAGCUCAAGCACUUUGCCCGAGAGGCAGAAGUGAAUGAGGACUUUGAGCUGGCAGCUAAGUACUACCAGGAGCGGCUGGCCAGAAAUCGGAAUGAUGCAGAUCAUUGGUUUGACUAUGGUACCUUCUGCCUUCUCAUCAAUGAUGUCUCUAAGGCUGAAGAGUGCUUCAAGGAGACAGUAUCCAUCAACUCUCAACACCUUCAUGGUCUGCUCCUGUAUGGAGUGGUCUGCUCCACUGAGGAGAGAAACGAUGUCGCUGAGACCUUCUUUGAAACAGCAACUUGUGUGGAUCAAGACAGUGUACUGGCGUGGACUAUGCUGGGGCUUUUCUAUGAUGGCAUCAACCAAGAUAUCCAGGCUGAGUACGCCUUCAUGCAAGCCCAGAAGAUCAACCUGGCCAACGCCGUGGCCAAGAUGAAACAGCAACAAGCCACCGAGCAGGCCGCUGGAGGCGGAGAUACUAAGAUGGGGGAGGAGCCAGCCAGUGAGAAAGCCGAGAGUGAGAAGUGUCCUUCGGUGCCUCAGUUCACCAAGACCUCCGCCACACCCACUGAUGCUAAGAUACCGCUCCGCCCACAAUCAAAGGACAAACCCCCAGGCCCCAAAAAGCGCAUGUCAAUAUCUUCCAAAUCUGCUCUCAGCUUAGAGAACCAGCGAGUUCGCAGCGCUACCAGUAACGUUCUAGGUAGCAAGGUGGGCAGUCGUCCAGGGUCAGCUGAGCAGGAAGAACAACACAAGGAACCUCCCGUCCCCGUUCCCGAGUCCAGCAUCUUCAUGAUUGCCGCUGAGUUUCUCUUGGAAGUCAAAGCCUUACAGUUCUGCGAACGUACCCUAGCCCAUGAGCUCUUGGACCCAAGGGGUGGCCCCAGUGUGGCUUACUUUGUCGCCUUGGCCAGAUUCAAACUUCAAAGGAAGGAGUUUGAGGAAGCCCAGGACAGCCUGAACCAAGCCUUGCUGCUCAACUAUCAGGAUGCUAAUGCAUGGUCUAUCAUGGGUCAUCUGCGCUAUCUCCAAGGCAGCAUGGCUGACGCCAAGGACUGUUACGAGAGAACAUUGGCAUUUGUUGCCGACGCCAGAGAGAUGCACGCUAUUUACCUCCGUCUGGCAUCCAUAUGCCUCCAGGAUGGAGAGUUUGAGAAAGCCAAGAAUGUUUUCCUGUUAGCCUGCAAGCAUUCUCCAUCUUGUAUCUCCUGGCUUGGUGUUGGCAUUGCCUGCUACAGGCUUGGGGAGUUAUCAGAGGCAGAAGAUGCCCUGUGUGAAGCCAACAUUCUCAACAACAGUGACCCUGAGGUAUGGGGCUACCUAUCCCUGGUCUGUCUCCACACGGACCGUCAGCUGGAGGCGGAGCAAGCCUACAAGUAUGCCCUCAAGGUUGGCCUUAAGAAUGAGGAUCUCCUCAAAGAGAUCCACAAGACCCAGGAGCAGGUGGGCUUUGGCAACCCCCAAUUCUAGACCCUCCUCCUAUGUCAUUCCUCCACCCACCCACAUCCUUUGGAAAUGACAAACAGCUUGUACGUUGUGGGCUUGUAAGUUGGGAGUAUGGUGGUAAGACUUGACUUAACCAAACACACUUGGCUUUUACCCUCCUCUAGUUAAACUUUCGCUCCCAUUUCCUGUGAGGCUCCACCCAUUCUAGCCCCGCCUCCAAUUUCCUCUGAGCCACACCCCCAGGCCAAAAAACCCCUCUUUUUUAUAUUUGUAGCAUCAUCUACACUGUAGAUAAUUAUAUUUUUAAGUCUAUUAUCAAUUUGCAAUAGCAUGAGGCAGUUGAUAUCUUUGUAUGGACACAAGAAUGCAACAUGUAAAUACAUGUGAGAUUUUUCUUAUUUCAGGAUUUUUCAGUCGUAGAAAUAAAUUCCGUCCAAAAUAACUUUCCAUACUAAUAAAAUUGCCAUUCAUUCAAUUGGAGUUUGCUAUUGCAUAAGGUUGUUGAUAUGUUUGUAUGGACACAAGAAAGUAGUGUGUGUAAAUAUUAGUAAGAUUUUCCUUAUUCAAAGGUUUGUCAAAUUUUUAGAAAUCAUGUACUUGUGACCUGGCACCACAAAAUGAGCUGAAAGUCAGAAUUUUCAGAAAUUGAGAUACUGGUGUUUUGAAGUCAGCAGAAAGAGAGCUUUCUAAUUGUACAUACAUAGAAUGCUGAGCGUAAAAGUAUUAAGUGACAAUGUGACAUAAUUAUGGCCGAUUGGCAUCUCUAUUUCCAACAUUGUUUCAACAUUUCUGACCAGGCACAAACACUGCUGACAUCAAAAUUGCUGUGAAACUCCUUCAAAAUAUUUGGAAUUAACCAGGCGAUGGGUUACUCUGUCUAAAUAUUGCAAAACCCCAAAUUUUCCUCCACUUCAAUAUGACUUUGAACCCUCAAAAUAGUAAAGUGCAGGAUGCGACUUUACUCUCAGUUUGUCAUGACAGGUCACAUUUGUAUUUUUCCUAAUUUUUCGAACAAAACCAUCCAAAAUGACUUUCUACAUUAAUAAUAUAUCAUUUGUUGAAUUGAUGGUGUACACUAUUGGAUUGAUCGAACAUUUUUGAAUCGUUAAUUUUCAUCAAGUCUUGGAACUGAAAAAAAAAUUUUAAAGUAAAAGAAAAACAAGACGUGAAAGAACAUUUUUCAGUGCCUUGGAAUGCAUUCCAUUCGAAUGGUCAAUAGAUAUUUCCCCAUUGGAAGACUGAAACAAGUUGAGGAAUGGAAAACAGUUUUUAUUGAGAACAUCUGUAAAUCUUGCAUCAUUUUAUUCUGUUCUUAUCUUCCAAAGGUCACCAAGCCUGUUUAACAUUACUACACCACCCUGAAUUUGGAAUAAGGUUGAGACAAUACUAUACUUAAAACGUGUGUUCAGGAUUAUUGUUACAAACAUGAAUUUCUCUUGUGAUAGUUUUGCAAUUCAUAUCGUAACAAACCACUUUACAAAGUGUGAAAAUUCUCUGUUCUCACUUUAAGGUAUUUCUCAACUGAUGUAUGAAGUUGAAUUAAUUUGUAUCUGUAUGGAAACAAAACACAUAACACUUACCUAUUUGCGGCAGCAUAUGAUAUUUUAUUCCAUCAGUAAACCAAAACAUAAUUGUUUUGUCCAAAUCUUCACUUCUUUGUCAGCAAAACUUCAGGAACAUUGUUUUUGGUGGAGAACUGUAAAUGGUUGUGAUGAUCUGCAAGUGAAUUUAUGUGAAAAGAGCUUUGGUCGGUCUGACGUCAGUGUUACUGUACAUAAAUUAUUUAAUUACUGUUUGCUGAUUGAAAAUAAAGUUAUGGAGUUUGUUUCAAGAGCCGCCAAAGAAGAAAAGUCAUUUCCUUACAGCUUUUCACCCGCUUCAAAAUUUUAAACUAGUAGCUUGGUUGUUAUUUAUUUAUUUGAAAAGUGUCAGGCAAGUUUGCCAAACUGAGUUUGGAAGUGCUUAUUAAAAAAAGUUGACUUAGCAGAAUAUAAAUUCA